AUGCUGUUCGCUAAUCUCCACAGUGCCGUGGCAGUAGCAACCGUUACCGCCGCAGGAGGCUACUACCUCCUCCAGUCUGGACCGGAAGGCAAGCCCCAACAUGAAAGUGAACAAUACGCCAAGGGCGAAGCGAUUGAAUUUGGAUCGAAAGCGAGUGAGGCUACGCUUCAGCCGGACCGCGACGCAGAACAAAAGGUUUCUUCAUCUGGACCGAGUGGUGGUGGUUCAUUGGGACAGCCACCUUCGAAUGUAGAUCCUCAGGCGAGCACGCGCAAGGAAGAAGGUGGUGCUGGAACAAUAUCCGGGAAACAAGCUGGUCUAUCUAAUGCUACCACGGAUAACCCGUUCAUCAAUGAGCCAGGUAAAAGUAAAAAGGGCGAAGGCGAGACUGAGACGGCCAAGGUCAAGGGAUCAGUAUCUCCAAACCGACCUCAAGCUUGA